CAGUGUGUUCCAAAAGAUUGAAAGGCGCAUGAAUUUAAAAUUUUAGAAACUAUAUAUUUUAUUAUCUUAUCGAAAUCUCAAAAAAAAUGGUAUGAAUUUUAGCGCACCAGAAACAGCCGUCCGGAAAUGGAAUUUAGAACGUUAUGCCCGUCUAACGUCCGUGAUAAUUGGUAAAGAAAUUGCGCAAGGAAAGGAUGGCUGGGAGUGCUAUGACAACAAGUUGGAGCCUCUUCAAAUGAUGGUGACGUCAUCGUGUCAACUUCUGAUACAUCACGGUAGACGACAAUUGGAAAGCAUGUUCCUUCAGCAAUGUACCAAUGAGGUGAAGGGGGUCAGCAAAGGGGACAGUCUCCUGAUAGUCUGCAAUAUGAAGAAUCAUCAUCGCCGUUUCCGGGUAAAGUUUUCCGCUGACACCGACAAAGGCGGCAAGUCCGGCUUAGAGAACUGUCAUCAAUGCGUCGUUGCGCUCAGCCGCCAUAUGCAGAUUAAGGUUCCCGCGUGCGCCGACGGGGUGAAUGGUUCCCGGAAGGUUCAAGACACACUACUCGGAACGCCAUCUAAGGACGUCAUUUUGGAUGGUGACGUCACAAUCGGGCAGAUAGCGGAGGCGAUGUCAAGUCCAAGUGGGCCUCAGCUUCCGGCGCCAUACUCGGCGCUGCAUAGCAACGGUAUCCUAGGAGAUUUGAACACCAUGGUGAAGAUGUGCUUAACCGACCCGGCAUUUCCAGCCUUUGUUGGUCAGGUGGAGAAGGAGCUGGAGAAACUUAAAAAGGAGUGUAUAUAGGACAGCAUUCAUUUCUGUACACAUAUGUGGUAAAGUAGCUUACAUAAAAGUAUAAUUAGAAAACUUAUAAGCCUUAUUUAGACUUACACUCGGGACCUUCUUUUCCAUUUGUCCUCCACUUCUUUAAAGUACGACCUACUCGUGUUUUUAAAACAGCCUUUAAAUCCCUUCGUAAUAGUGUGUCCUCUUGUAAAAAAAGAUGUAAACAUUUAAAAGUCUUUGAUUAAGAUUGUCUUAAAGAACAACAGUCCGAAGAAAUGUGGUGUUUCGUUUUCAGUAUGCUAUAUCCUUUAUGACUCGUGAGUAUUUUUGAAAGAUGUUACAUUCCAAAUAUUUUAUGAAUAUAUUACCAUUUAUCAUUAUAAAAGUAAUUAUUGAUCUUGGUCUUAAUAA